CUGUACAAGGAUAAAAGUCCAGAUAACAAGUAGUCUCCAUCACUGAAACAUUUCUCUAAUCCUCUUAUUUCUUGACACUUUCUGCUAUCUUUCGAGGAACCAGCGUAAUCAGGUUAUCAUUCCAUACCUAAGGCCUGCCACCUUCAGCUAGCACAGACGAUAUCAAAAAUCUGUGUAUCGACAUGGGAAAUUGUUGGGGAAGUACUCCUGUGAACAAUCAUAAUAGCCCUUCUGCUACCAAGCCUUCUACUCCAAAAACAUCAGCAAACCACAGCAAAGAAAAUGGACUGGGGGGCAGAAGCAGCAGCGACCGUAAAGAAAAAGAAAGCGUCAAGAUUAUGUAUGUGAAGAACAAAGACAAGGAUGGAACAGCUAUAAUUCCUCCCAGAGGACAGGUCAUGGCAAUACUGGGACCAAAAUUGUUCACUCUGGCAGAGCUGAAGAGUGCUACCAGGAAUUUUAGACCUGAUACUGUGCUAGGGGAAGGUGGGUUCGGCAGGGUUUUUAAAGGUUGGGUCGAUGAAAAGACCUAUGCACCGGCUAAAGUUGGCUGUGGAAUGGCUGUAGCUGUUAAGAAAUCGAACCCUGACAGCUCUCAAGGCCUGAAGGAGUGGCAGUCUGAAGUGAAGUUAUUGGGAAAAUUUUCUCAUCCAAACCUCGUCAGACUCCUAGGUUACUGCUGGGAGGAAAAUCUGUUCCUUCUUGUCUACGAAUACAUGCAGAAGGGAAGCUUGGAAAAGCACCUUUUCAGAAAGGGGGCAGAACCGCUUCCAUGGAACGUUAGAAUUAAAAUAGCAAUUGGAGCUGCAGAAGGUCUUGCCUUCCUUCACACAUCAGAAAAGAGUGUCAUUUAUCGAGACUUUAAGACAUCAAACAUAUUAUUGGAUGGGGCCUUUAACGCUAAACUUUCAGACUUUGGGUUGGCAAAGUUUGGUCCUUUAAACGGCAACUCCCAUGUUACAACAAGGGUCAUGGGCACGUAUGGUUAUGCAGCUCCAGAAUAUGUUGCUACUGGGCAUUUGUACGUCAAGAGUGAUGUCUACGGUUUUGGUGUUGUGUUACUGGAAUUGUUGACGGGCCUAAAAGCCCUUGACACCAAUCGGCCGAGCUGGCAGCAAAAUUUGGUAGAGUUUGCUAGGCCUUCUCUUUCCGAUAAAAGAAAACUAAAGAAAAUAAUGGAUCCAAGACUCGAAGAGCAGUACCCUAUAAAAGCUGCAGUGCAAGCAGCUGAACUUAUACUACAAUGCUUGGAAUCUGACCCAAAAAGUAGACCAUCCAUGGAAGAGGUUUUGAAGACCUUAAAAAAGAUAGAUGACACGAAGGAUGUGUCCAAGGACAGCAAAGGCAGUGCCAAGAAAAAAGCUGCAAAGCGACAAGAAGAGCAUUACCGCCAUCAGUCUCCACUUCAGUCCAGACAUGGUGGCACUGGCAACAACGGUCGAGCCCACUCCUCAGCCUAUGUCGGUUCAUAUCAAUCAACGGGUGCCCCUAGGCCAUUAUAUUUUGCUAAUCACUCGUAGUUUUGCUCUUCUUUUUGGUUCUUUUAACUUGGAACACGUCCAAUGUAUGUUUAUUAGAGGUCCAAACUUGAGUAAGAAAUGUUCUCUCGGCCCAAGUGUCAUGAGUUUGAACUAGCUGUUUUGUAGAGGAUGGCUGAGCCCGUAUGCCCAGGUUGGACCUGUAAAUUGAGAUGUAAUUCAGGCCCGACCCAGUUGGAAACCAAGGAAAAAAUCUGUGUAUAAAUUAAACAAAAAAAGAACACGGGAAAGGAAAUCAUAAUUUAAAAGGACAUUCGAGGGGCGGUGAAGGUCUCUUUGGUUCUUGUUUAUUGAACCCUGAUUUGUUCACCUGUAUCUAUUCCUAUGGAAUGUUUGAUUAUUGAUUCGAAAUAAAAAAUACUAUAUGUGAAAUAUAUUUAUUAUUUUA